UGGAAAUAGAAAGUUCUAGUGCUUCCAUUGCCAAGAAACAGAGACCGCAGAUAAGCUGGAACAACUCUGCCAGUGUAGAUAUCUAUCCGAUGCAGUGAUUCGGUGUUGAGCUUCAGCUGAGGAUGGCAGGAGAUUCUCGAAUCCUCAUGGACCAUAAUAUGGAGAUAGGAGUCACACCUGCACAGGUGAAGAAGCUUCCUAAACACUUGCGGGAGGCUCAGAUCUCGACAGAGCGUACCCACUUGAUUUCUGACCCGGCGAAGAAGCCACGUCAGCGAUAUGUGCAAAAGGAUGGCAAGUGCAACGUUCAUCACGGAAAUGUGCAAGAGACCUACCGUUACCUCAGUGACUUGUUCACUACGCUGGUGGACCUACGCUGGCGUCUUAGUCUCUUCAUUUUCACCUUAGUCUAUGUAGUCAACUGGCUUUUCUUUGGCUUUCUGUGGUGGCUGAUAGCGCUAAUCCGUGGGGAUCUGGUGCAUGCUGAUGAGGAGGGCUGGACCCCAUGUGUGGAGAACCUCAACAGUUUCGUCUCAGCCUUCCUCUUCUCCAUUGAAACAGAGACCACCAUAGGGUAUGGUUAUCGUGUAAUCACAGAAAAGUGCCCUGAAGGUAUCAUACUGCUUUUGGUGCAGGCCAUCUUGGGUUCUAUUGUUAACGCCAUGAUGGUGGGCUGCAUGUUUGUGAAGAUCUCACAGCCAAAGAACCGCGCCGAGACCCUCAUGUUCUCGCACAAUGCUGUCAUAUCAGUGCGAGACAACAAGAUGUGCCUGAUGUUUCGGGUGGGGGACCUGAGGAACUCUCACAUCGUGGAGGCAUCGAUCCGAGCGAAGCUGAUCCGCUCGCAGCAGACCAAGGAGGGGGAGUUCAUCCCACUCAACCAGACUGACAUCAACAUCGGCUUUGACACAGGAGACGACCGGCUGUUCCUGGUGUCACCGCUUAUCAUCUCUCACGAGAUCAAUGAGAAGAGCCCCUUCUGGGAGAUGACAAUGGCGCAAAUGGAGAAGGAGGAGUUCGAGAUCGUAGUUAUCCUUGAGGGCAUGGUGGAGGCCACAGGGAUGACAUGUCAGGCACGGAGUUCCUACCUGGACACAGAGGUGCUUUGGGGUUAUCGCUUCACACCUGUUCUCUCUCUGGAGAAGGGCUUCUACGAGGUAGACUACAACAACUUCCACGAUGUCUACGAGACCAACACCCCCACCUGCAGCGCCAAGGAGUUAGCUGCUAAGCUUCGGGAGGGGCCGCUAUUGCCUCAGCUUUCGCUUCUGAGCCCUGAGCCCAAAAUGCAUACUUUUGACCCCCUAAAUCGUCUGUCCAAACUGGACCCACUCAGCCGGGAUGAGGACAAGGAGGAGAGAGAUUCAGGGGGUGACAGAGGAGAGACCAACGGCUCAGCUGCUGCUUUGGAGGAGCAGCCCCUUGCUGAUGGACUGCCUGACUGAUGUGACUGAUGGCCACAUCAGCUAAAAAACAGGAGAGACUGGAGAAGAGGACAGGACAAUAUAAUGCUUCAUUUAGUCAAUGGCCAGCUUGUUCCAUUGCAAUGCUUGGAGAUAUAAGAUAUCCGUCUCCAGCCCCCGACUCAUGCAAUACUCCUCUACUAGAGUGUCAAUCUAUAUAGUAUAGAUUGGUUUUGUAGACACGUAAGUAAACAUACACAGACACACACGUACAGUAUCUAUAUCUACACUUAAAGGUUGGUGGCUCAGAUUGUCUUUUUAUAAUCGUAACGGCAACUUACUGCUAUAACAGCUCAAGUUGUAUAACGUAAACUUGAGCUGAAACUGGUAGCCAUGACAGAGUACCAUAGGUUUAUUAUGGAUACUCCAAUAUUCUCAUUUUAGAGUGUGUUGAUUCAGCUUCAUUUGAUCAGAGCAUCAGUCUCAUAACUCCGCUAAUGUGUCUGGCAGCAGCUUCUGCGUGGUAAUGGAACCUUGUUAUUGAUUUUUAAAAAUUUUUUUAAAUGUGGGGAUUUUUAUUUAUUUUCUCUGUUAGUGUUGUUUUUAUUCUGCGUCAGAAAUCCAAUUCACCUAAAAGGAAAGGUACAAGAAUUCUAGUUUGGCAAGAGAAGAUGUAGGAAAUUGUUCUAUAAAAGGCAACGUAUACUGGCAACCACCAUCCAGUUUAGUUUUCGUGUUCACACCAUCCUCAUGGUUGUACUGUCAUCAAUACUCUCACUGUGUGUGUCUGGUUGUCUUCCAAACACACUGAGAGCUUUGACCCAAAAGAAACCAAUUAGUACCUCAUUUUAUACUCAUGUUCAGGGUUUGAAAUUAACAAAAAGAACGAGACAACUGCUGGUAAAAGCUGUGCUGCUGACUGACUAUUUUGAAAACUUUGUGACUGCUUAAAGAUUUAAUUCCCCCUUACGCUGCAGGAACUAAAACUUCCAAGCCCUUUUCUUAGUACGUAAAGCACAAUUUCCCUUGAGGUGACUCCACACUGACCUAACCACACACAUUGCCACAGCUACUGGCUGAUGCAUGUCAGUCCUAGUUAAAUGUGACAUUCAAAUGUAGAUUAAAAUAUCCUAUGAAAUAUUUAUACUCAACUGCAAUUUGAAAUGUUCUUGAUUUUUAUACACCGCACAUAUGAAUAUUUCAAAUGCUCCACAAGCAAAAUGAAAUACUCAAUGUAUCCUUUUAUGUUUGUUUUGUUUUGGUUUUAAAUAUUUAAAAGAGAUUCAACCUUAGUAUUUUUCAGCUACACAAAAGUUGAGUCUACUGAUGAUAGGAUCAGGUAUUCUGUCUAAUCUCAUGAGUUUAAGAUCCUACCAGCCCAUCACCCGCGGUAUUUGCCUUCUUUGUAAUUAAUUCCUCUGAACUUCAUCUUUGGCUUUCACCUUUGAAUUUGAAGUCUUCUUUGUCCACACACACUUGGCACACUCUGCACCAUGGCUCCGUUCCACGAACCGCCCUUGGGUCUUUUGCUUGAUGUAGUUUACAGCCCUUGUGACUACUGUUUUGGAAGCAGACACUUGUCGUGUGAGGGCCAUAGCCUACAGUAUUUUUUGUACUUUUCUUUGAAAGGACACAUGUCAGAGCUUGCAUGCAUGAAUCAACCCCUAUGCGUCCCAUUGUUCAGUAAGUUUAAUACAGUAAAGAAAUACAGGGUAUUUUCUAGGCAUGCAAAUUAUGAGAUUUCUACAAAAUAUUAUCAGAUUAUGUAUUAAUAUUCAAUUAUCAUUUGUUGAGAGAAAAAUGAGAUUCCUGAUACUCCCCAAUUUAAUGUUAGUUUUUUGUUUUUUUACUGAUGCUUGUCCAAUUAAUGUUUUUAUUUUCACUGUGAUAUUUUUGCAUCUUACUAUGUAUUUCAUUUGCUAAACGAUACGUUUGUCAUUAGAGAGAGAUCAUCUUUCAUUGCUGGAAUGUCAUCUGUUUUCUGUGUGUUCUCAUGGGAAUAAACAUAAUAUGGCCGAAAGAACAACAUGUUCCUGUUAGAUAAUGGGUGCCUUCACGAGCGAGUGCAUGCGAGUAAGUAGUAAUUUUGCACAAAACUUUGCAACUGAGGAUUCAAAAGUAGGCAACCUUAUUUUAGCAUGUGUGACACUGCACUCUAUCCGCUAUAGUGUGACAAAAUGACAAAUUUAACUGUGUCUUACACACCUGAAAACUGGAUUAGUUGCAUAUCAAAUCAUGAAAAGGAGACUUAUGCAACCUUUAAAUUAUCAGCGCAGUACAAUCUUGUCUUGCACUAAAGCUCAAGGCAAAAACUGCUUCAUGCAUGCUAGGGGAAAAAUAUAAUGGAUAACAUCAAGAACUUUUGUCGCUCCCUUUCCAUUUCUAAAUUUUAAUUUAUUCAUUAAAGUUAUACAGCAGCAAAGACUGGAUUGAUCUCAGUAGUAGCCCAAAUCAUCCUUGUGCUAAAAAGUAUUUACUUGUGGAUUAGCAUGAUUGUGGCUGGACCUAAACAGCAUUGCUGAGUCAGCUUUGUGUGUUAGGAGAUUGAAAUUACUCAUGCACACACACAAGGGAAGACACAAUCUCAGAAAACAGCUGGCAGACUGAUUAAGGCCACCACAGCUAUUAACUAGCCUCAGAGAAAACAUUGCAGAAGUCACAGGGGCAAUCACAUUUAUCCAGCACCUACAACCGAGUACAACCAGUAAUAAAAUGAAACAUGAUGUUACAUUUGAUGGCCAGCAUGUCAUAGAAAUUCACUGAAUCAUAGCAAUGUGCUGUCAAGGCUAUUCUUGUCCAAGCUAUUAAAUUUGGAGGCUGGAUCGUCAGCAAGCUGACAGUCCCUGAUUCAAAUCUGAAUAAUGUACGAUGAUGAAUAUAAUGCAUCUAUUGAAUGGUGCAUUGAAAUAGGUACCCAAAGCAGGUGCAUGUGGGUGAGCAUGUGUGUGUGUGUGUGUGUGUGUGUGUGUGUGUGUGUGUGUGUGUGUGUGUGAGUGUGUGUGUGUGUGUGUGUGUGUGGGAGAGAAAGAUAGGGGGGCGAGACAUAAUCAGUCAUCACCACCUAAAGCCAACAGGCGCACGUAAACACAAUAACACCCACAAACACACAACAAAACUAUCCAUUUAAGCUUUUGCCAAGUUAAAUGUGCCCUUUUUACAAUGGGGAAAUGAUGAAAGGAAAAGAACAAAAAAGAUAAAAUUGCUAAAGCUGAUGAAUGGCACCACACCAACAGAGUAACUAGCUAUUGUUCUUUCUCUUUCUAUGGCUAGCUAAUACUCUUUCCUUCUCCGUUAAAUAAUGCAUGCUUGUGACGAAGAAGGAAGCACAUAGGCCAUUAACAACUGUGUAGUCAGAAUAAAACAUCCUGCACAAAAAAGAGAAUUCUUGGAAAAAAGGCAAGUGGGAGGAUUUUUCUCCGGUACAACACACAUAGUGUGAUCUCUUUAUAUUCUUGCACCAUUAUCGGACUCCCGUUAUUUUGCCCUUGCAAACAAGCUGACCCUGUGAAACAACUCCCACAAAGAGGAAACACACACAGACACAAACAUGCAGUGCAUGGGUUAUUUUACAGUACUUCUCACAGUUUUUUCCCAACCAUCCCAAGCAACAUCCAAAGAUGAAAAGGCAAGAUCCCAAACCCCAUUGUCCUCUCUUUAGCAACUGUGACUCCCUGCUGCAAUUAUAUCUUAUUAAGCAUUCAAAUAAACUCAUACAUGGCACUGUAA